GUGAGCACGUGCGGUUCAGCUUUGAAAGCGAUCGACGUUAUCUCGACUGCGGGUACGAUUUUCAUAAUUUUCGAAUAAACGUGAUUGUAUUAUUAAUUGGAUUUAAAGCGGUACGUUGUGUUAUCAAGGGGUAAAUAACGAUGGAUGUUUGUAAGGAUUAAAUACUUAGCAAACGUCGCAAAAUGUAAAUUAAUGAUGUGUUGUGAAAUUGACAAAAAUUAAGAUCGAGCAAUGUUCUCCGGUAGUUUGUGAUAUGUGACAUUCAACGAGAUUACAGUAUCGGGGAUGAAAGAUGACAUAAAAAAUCUUCUAAUUAAUUAUUUAAAAAAAUACAGUGCCAAAAACUAUUAAAAUCUUUAAGACAAUAAGAAUUGUCAAAGUUGAUAAUAAUGAUUUAUGUUUGAAUUGUGAUAUAGUCUGUUAAAUAGAAAGUGAGGAAUAUUGUGAAACAUGUUUAUCAAUUCUAGAAAGUGGUUAGAUAAAGGAAAUCAAUACAAAUGAACAAAAUGACAUCCCUGCUGCAAGCUGUGAUUACUUGCAUCGCUUUUCAGUUUAUCGGUACGGCGAACACUCUCAAAUCUCUGCAAAUACACGUCCCUAGAGCCAUUCUAACAGGCAGGGACGCCGAGCUAAUGUGUUCUUACGAGCUGGAAGGUGCACAAUUAUACUCCAUACGAUGGUAUAGGAACAUGAUAGAAUUUUAUCGAUAUGUGCCAAAGGAAUCGCCGGCUACAAAAGUGUUCCCCGUGGCGGAGAUAAAAGUCGAUGUUGCCGCUUCCGAUCAGAAUCGAGUAGUGCUGACUGAAGUGGACAGAACAUUGACUGGAGAGUACCAGUGUGAAGUGUCUGCAGACGCUCCUUUGUUUCAUACAGAUAUCAAAGCUGCAGAAAUGGUAGUUGUAGAGCCACCGUUAUUAAGUCCUAAUGUCACUGCCGACCGCGUGUCAUACGUCGGUGGGGAUCACAUACGAGUAAACUGCUCAUCACCGCCUUCCCUACCAGCUGCCAACAUCACGUGGUUUGUCAACGAACAAAUGGUGCCGGGUUUCACAGCGAACCAUGUGUUCAACUUUAGCAACGGUUUUGCAUCUAGCUUAGCUACGUUAGAAUUGGAGGCCACUGCGUUAUCCCCAGUGCCAACACUUAUGAUACGAUGUGAAGCAUCAAUAUUCGAUAUAUGGAAAGCAACAAGUCACACAAUUGUGUUGAGAGAACGUAGCGCUAAUCCUGCUUCUGCGUUAGGAAGAAGUUUUACAGGAGCAGCUACAGAAACUUGUCUACCAACAAUUGUGAUGUUACUUUUACAAAUACUUCUGCAAUUUUUGAUGCAAAAUUAUACAGAGACUGUAAGAUAGCUGAAUUACAAUCCAUACUUGUUCAAUGGUUAUUGUUGUAAGUGAAUUAAGUACUACUGGUGCCAGCAAUUUUGUGUUCUCCUUAUUUGUUGCGAAAUUAAAUCUAUUUUAUUAAGAAAGUAUUGACUUCUAGUGAGGGUAAAGUUUUUGUAUUGAUUACUAUUAUUUCGUGGUCUGUUGUAGUCUAAAUGCCCGAUCCAAAAUUAAAUGAUUUUUUAAAUUAAUUUAUUUAUAUUUAUUUUAACCAAUUCAACUGAGUUUGUAUUAGGAUAUGGUUAUUUGAUAGUCGAAAGCAAUUUUUUUUUAAAUAUUAAAGAUAACUCUAAUAAUUUUUUCUUUUAUUUACAAUUAUAUGCUUAAUUAUCAAAUGUAUUUAGUAUUAUUUUUGUAUAUAUAAGAUCCCAGCUGGUACCUAUUUAUGUAUAUGUGUAGUUCAGGGUUUUAAUCUAUUUGUAAAGUGUAUUUAAAUUUUUUUA